UGUUUGUGCAGAUGAACGUGGUACUUCAGGCGUUUGGAAAUUGCUCCCAAGGAUGAACCAGACUUGUGGAGGUCUACAAUAUAUUUUCAGAGGUCAUUGCUGAUUUCUGUUGAUUGUCCCAUGAUGUCAAGCAAAAAUGCAUUGAGUUUGAAGGUCGCAGUUGUAAAUGAGAACUUGAUCUGAACUGGCCUACCUGGUUAAAUAAAGUGUUGACAUAGUGAGACCGCCAGCUAGCCAGCAUGUCUGACGUUAUUGAGGAGAAGAUAAAGAACUACAGGACGGCUCCCUUCGACGCCCGCUUCCCCAACACCAACCAGACCCGCAACUGCUUUCAGAACUAUCUGGACUUCCACAGGUGCAACAAAGCUUUGUCAGACAAAGGCCAGGAUGUGGCUCCCUGUGACUGGUACCAGAGGGUCUACAAGAGUAUCUGUCCCAUGAGCUGGGUUGCCAAGUGGGACGACCAGAUAGAGGCCGGAAGCUUUCCCGGCAAGAUCUAAAAUGGCUGACCUCAGGACUUUCUGUUAGCCACACCUUCAACUUUGACCCCUGUAGCGCGCCUAAGGACAUGUGUUGACCACGUACCACACCAUUCUAAAUGUUAUUAACAGUGUUACUAAUGAAACAAUCACUUAAUAAAAAUACGCACCUGUUUUGAA